AUGUCAUUGUUGCAGUACUUCAAGAUCUGGUCCGACGCCCGUCCGUCUCUUCCUCAUCAACUCCUUGCUUUCGGUGACGAGGGCUCUGCUUCACCUCCGCGCCACGCUCCACGCUGCUUCUCCAACGCCAAAAUCGCACUUGCAUCACUCCAGGAUGGCUUUGCUGCGGCACAUCUUGCACCCGGGAGCAAAAACACCCUCGCACUCGCCAUCAUGCACAACUUCCAGCUGUGUUGUGCACAAGCUGUCUCCGCCUGCUUGAGGCAGUCCGUAGAGAACAGCAACGACCUCACUGCCGGCCACUUCGCUCAUCUUCUCGUCGAGACCGCUUGUUCCUACGACUACACUUCUCAAAUUUCUCUACCGUUCUUGCAAACACACCUCUUGCUACUCCAACACCUCAAGACCACCUUUACCGCCAGCAACCUUCGCCACAGCUUACUGCUCCCAUCAUCAUCGCCUGCUGGCAUGCGGUCUCUCAGCUUCAUGAUUACAAGUCUCUUUGUCUCUUUGUUGACGCUCUCUUCUGCUUCCAACCAGAUCCACUCAUACAUCUUCAAGCUCAAGAAACUCCCAGACCCCCUCACGCCGAUGUUUACCGCCGCCACCACCAUCACAGCAAAGGAAGACCUGAGUCUUGUCUACGAACAGACCUUCUCCUCUCCAUCGCCACUUACUUCUCCGCAAUACGUUCCUUGA